AUGUGGGCGGGAGCAUUAAUAUAUGUAGCCGGAAGUGCGCUUCUAUAUCUGCUGACAACAGAUAGUGGUAUGGGGUUUUACAUCGGCUAUUCAGUAAUCGCCAGAAUAGGAUGCGGAAUGGCAAUUCAAGUCACUUUUAUCGCAGUACAAGUAGUUGUUUCGCCUUCUGAAAUUGCGCACGCUUGCAGCAUGGAGGUUUUAUUUCGUCAGCUUGGAAGCGCUAUAGCUAUCAGUGUUGCUGAGAACAUCUUCCUAUCAUCAACACAAGGCCGACUUCAACAGCUUCUUCCACAGAGUAACGAUCCAAUCCUCAAAAGCGGCAUUCGCGAGUUUGCUAUGCUGAGCCAGACACUUCCUCCAGCAGAGCAACAGGAGGCCAAGAGUCUCAUUAGUUACGGCGUUAAGCAGGCUUUCAUACUACCCUUGACUGCUAGUUGCGUAGCCGCUGUUGCAAGCUGGGGAAUGGAACGAAUCAAGAUUGAAGACGAAAACGAGAGAGCAAUAGCCCAAAACAUUGAAUUGACUUGA